GGUACCGAAGAAGAUGUGAAGAUCAGAUCCGCGUGCGAAGGAACAGCCAGUUGAAUAUUUACACUGGUUGUGAUAUAUCCCCACCCACGGAGUUAAGAACCGCAUAAUCAAAUCCCUAAGGAGAAGGUCUUGAGACCCUAGAUGGCGUCACACCACUCGCCGAACACACGGUCUCCAGAACCGCACGGGCAUGCUCAUCAGUCUCCUCAUGCUCAUCAGCCUCCCCAUGCUGCUCAGCCUCCCCAUGCUGCUCAGCUUCCCCAGCAGCAACAACAAAUGGCCGCUCCCGCACCAAAUUUCAGCUCGGCGUGUCCACCAGGCUUGGAGUACUUGUGUUACCUGGACCAGAUGAUCAUCAAGCAACGCGUCGAACUGUUUGAAGCUGUGGUGGGCUUCGAGACUCAGAACAAAUACGUUGCCUGCAACACCCAGGGCCAGAACGUGUACUAUCUCGCCGAAUCGAGUGGCCUCUGUACGCGAUGCUGCUGUAAUCAAAGCCGAUGCUUUGAGAUGCACGCCUGGGACUCACAGCACCAAGCGGUGAUGAGGUUCGUCCGACCACUUCGAUUGCAAAGCAACUAUCGCGGUUGUUGCUGCUGUGGUCUGCAGGAAGUGGCAGUAGAAGCGCCUCCCGACGAGGCGAUAGGCUUCGUAUAUGAAGAAUGUUCGUUCUGCCGGCCGUCGUUUACCAUCAACGACAAGACUGGGAAGCCUGUGGCCAGAGUGCAAGGUCCAUGCAUCACGCGAAGCCUCCCGUGUGCAUGUGACGUCAAAUUUGCGGUUCGGACGAUGGCUGGAACAGACAUCGGUAUCAUCACGAAGCAGUGGUCCGGGAUGGUGAAGGAGAUGUUCACAGACGCUGACACAUUCAGUGUCACAUUUCCCAUUGACCUGGAUGUUUGCGCCAAAGCAAGCAUCCUUGCAUGCGCCAUCCUAAUCGACUAUAUGUUUUUCGAAGAUACAUCGAAGUAAGGAAGUAACACCGCGACGGAUUCCACAUGACGUGAACAUCAAAUCAGCUGGUUUCAUGCCAACUGGAGCAGCGUGGCUUAUGAUGUCCGGAUGAUGUACGUACUGGCGCUGAUUCUUGACCGCAUGCCGGCAACAGUGAAGGAAAAUGAAUACUUCACACGGUUUCAAAUAAUGCAAAAUAUGUACUUCGACCGCACUCGGUAAAACUCGUCUAUGUAUUUUAAAUUGUUGCAAUAUUCAAUAAAGAAAGCUAUUGGGCAUCACAAA